GAAUAAACAAGAUGUCUGAAGAUGCUGAAUAGAGUUUUAGAGUUAAUGAGAUAAUUUGGGCGAAAGUCUUGGGCUGUAAGUAUAUUAUAAUUCUUUAGAUCCAUGGUGGCCUGCAAAAGUAAUUAUACAAAAUCAUCUUUUAGAUUGCUUCAAUUACUGAUGCGAAUGGCAAGAAUGGAUAAUGUUACGAAUACAGGGUGAAUUUUAUUGGAGAUACUUCGCAGUAUAAUUUUUAUUUAGCAUAAUAGUGCCUAAUUAAAGUUUGAUAAAUUAAAGAAAUGGAAUCCUAAACCAAUACAAUAAGAAAAUAAAAAGUUAAAAGAAUCAAUAGAUUUAGCUAAUAAUUUAAUUGAAAGGCUAGAAAAGGCUUAAGAAAUUGAAUAGGAUAAUUUAAAUGAGCAUACAUUAAAGGAUCUAACAAUUAAACUCAACGAUCUUGUCUUUAAAAAAAAAUCUAAAUAAGAUGUAAAUCGAUUGUAAUUAAUUCAUAGAUCAUUCAAAUUUUAAAUCUAAUCAGCAAUAAUGAAAAAUUAUCUAUUGUAAAAUUAAACUUAGGAUAAUAAUAUUUUGCAUUAUAUUAAGCCUUAAAAUAUGGAAAAGCAGAAAAUUAUCUAUAAUAUACAUAAGACUUUAUUGAUUAAUUGAAAUAAAAAAUAGGUUUCAAAUAGCAGCAUGAUUUUUUGCCAAUUUUAAAAAAAUAAGAAAAAUCCACUCCAAACAGUGAUGAUACUAAGGAAAUCACUGAUUCUCCAAUUAAGAAAAAGAAAAUUGAAGAAAUCUCUAAAGAUACACUUUGUUAUUAAAAUUGA